AGGAGGCGCGAGGUGAUUCUUUGGAGCCUGGAAAUGUCCUUAGUGAGUGCUGAGUAAUUGUUUAAAGUGAACAUGGCAGGGAUGAGGAGCAGUGUAAAAACAACUCCAAGAGCGCAGGUGCAGAAUUUCCCCGUUUCCGUGGCAACGCCCUGCCUCCGCUUCACGCGACUACAGGCUGUAACUACAAGUCACAUAACGACCCGCGGCUUCCUAGCCUCCAGGGGGAGGAGCGACGCGAGCCCACGCGGAACCGGCUUCUCCUCUUUCCUGCAACGUGAUUGGCCUUUGGCUCAGGGAAGCGACCAAUGAGCGUGCUCGGGGAGAGCCGCGAGGCCAAAAUGGCUCCCCACACCUGAUGACGGUUAAGGAAACAGAGUUGUCUUAUGGAGAAGCCGCAGAGCCUUGAGGAGGCUCCCGCCGCAGAGUCAAUGGAGGAGGAGGAGGAAGAUGAUGACCUAGAGCUGUUCGGUGGCUACGACAGCUUCCGGAGUUACAACAGCAGUGUGGGCAGUGAGAGCAGCUCCUAUCUGGAAGAAUCAAGUGAAGCAGAAAAUGAGGAUCAAGAAGCAGGGGAGUUACCCACCUCCCCGCUGCAUCUGCUCAGCUCUGGGACUCCCCGCUCCGGCGCUGCGGAUGGCAGUGGGUCUGAGCCAGCUGUCUGUGAGAUGUGCGGUAUUGUGGGCACAAGGGAGGCCUUCUUCUCCAAGACCAAGAGGUUCUGCAGCGUCUCCUGCUCCCGAAGCUACUCCUCCAACUCCAAGAAAGCCAGCAUCCUGGCUCGAUUACAGGGAAAACCGCCCACCAAGAAAGCCAAAGUCCUGCACAAGGCAGCCUGGUCUGCUAAAAUUGGAGCCUUCCUCCACUCCCAAGGGACAGGACAGCUGGCAGAUGGGACACCAACAGGACAAGAUGCUCUGGUCCUGGGCUUUGACUGGGGGAAGUUCCUGAAGGACCACAGCUACAAGGCUGCUCCUGUCAGCUGCUUUAAACAUGUCCCGCUCUAUGACCAGUGGGAAGAUGUCAUGAAGGGGAUGAAGGUGGAGGUGCUCAACAGUGACGCCGUGCUCCCCAGCCGGGUGUACUGGAUUGCCUCUGUCAUCCAGGCAGCAGGCUAUCGGGUGCUGCUCCGCUAUGAAGGCUUUGAAAAUGAUGCCAGUCAUGACUUCUGGUGCAACCUGGGCACCGUGGACGUCCACCCUAUCGGCUGGUGUGCUAUCAACAGCAAGAUCCUGGUGCCCCCACGGACCAUCCACGCCAAGUUCACCGACUGGAAAGGCUACCUCAUGAAGCGGCUGGUGGGCUCCCGGACACUGCCUGUGGAUUUCCACAUCAAGAUGGUGGAGAGCAUGAAGUACCCCUUCCGCCAGGGCAUGCGCCUGGAAGUCGUAGACAAGUCCCAGGUGUCACGGACCCGCAUGGCUGUGGUGGACACAGUGAUUGGAGGUCGCCUGAGGCUCCUCUAUGAGGAUGGUGAUAGUGAUGAUGAUUUCUGGUGUCACAUGUGGAGCCCCCUGAUCCACCCAGUGGGAUGGUCACGGCGUGUUGGCCAUGGCAUCAAGAUGUCAGAGAGGCGAAGUGACAUGGCCCAUCACCCCACCUUCCGGAAGAUCUACUGUGAUGCUGUCCCUUACCUGUUCAAGAAGGUACGUGCUGUCUACACAGAAGGUGGCUGGUUUGAGGAGGGGAUGAAGUUGGAGGCCAUCGACCCCCUGAACCUGGGGAACAUCUGCGUAGCAACCAUCUGCAAGGUCCUCCUGGACGGCUACCUGAUGAUCUGUGUAGAUGGGGGACCCUCCACCGACGGCUCUGACUGGUUCUGCUACCACGCCUCCUCCCAUGCCAUCUUCCCAGCCACCUUCUGCCAGAAGAAUGACAUUGAGCUCAUGCCCCCAAAAGGGUAUGAGAGCCAGACCUUCAACUGGGAGACUUACUUGGAGAAGACCAAAUCCAAAGCAGCUCCAGCGAGACUCUUCAAUAUGGACUGCCCCAACCAUGGCUUCAAGGUGGGCAUGAAGCUGGAGGCCGUGGACCUGAUGGAGCCACGUCUCAUCUGUGUGGCUACAGUGAAGCGGGUGGUGCACCGGCUGCUCAGCAUCCACUUCGACGGCUGGGACAGCGAGUAUGACCAGUGGGUGGAUUGCGAAUCCCCGGACAUCUAUCCCGUGGGCUGGUGCGAGCUCACCGGCUACCAGCUGCAGCCACCAGUGGCCACAGAACCGACCACACCUCUGAAGGCCAGAGAGGCCACAAAGAAGAAAAAGAAACAGUUUGGGAAAAAAAGGAAAAGGAUCCCGCCCGCCAAGCCCCGGGCCCUCAGACAGGGCUCCAAGAAGCCCCUGCUGGAGUAUGAGCCGAAGGCUGUAGGGAAGGUGGAGUCGGAGCCUGGGCCUGGAGACAUCAUUACCGUGUGUGUGAAGGAGGAGCACCUGGACAUGGCCUCGCCCGACAAGGCUGCCAGCCUGGAGCUGCCUCUGCCCGUGGAGAGCAUCAAGCAGGAGAUGGAGGACUGAGCCCAGGUGCCCGGUGGCAGCACCCCGGGCCAGGGAGCAGAGGGCCCCUCCGGCCCGUCCGUGGAGCUCGAGACGGCUCCAGUGUGAAGUAGCCCUCCUGGGGAGUGGGGCCUGUGCCCGGAGGAGCAGGCUGGGGCUCCGGGGUCCUCCCUCUGCUGCCCCCCACGAGGCCUUGUGACCCAGCUGCCUGAGUGCCCCAUGCAGAUCUGUGUGACAGCCUCUGGAUCCUGUUCUUUUCAAGGAAGCACACUUGCUGCCCACUCUUUUUCCCCAGUGCUAGGGAUAGAACCUAUAACCCUCAGCUGAGCUACACCCCAGCACUUGUUUACUUUUUUU